AUGGAGAGUGAUCUUUAUAGAGCAGGAAGCAGUGUACGAAGAGGUAACUCAUUAAUGUGGAGCAACACUGCAGAAAUAUUUUCAGCAUCUAGUAGAAGUGAUCAAGAAAAUGAUGAAGAGGCUUUAAUCUGGGCUGCGCUUUCAAAACUGCCAACUUAUGAUCGUUUAAAGAAGGGCAUACUAAAAUCUUCGGUCGGCGGAUCGGUUCAUGAGGUCAAAAUACACAACCUUGGGUUGCAAGAAAGGAAGAAUUUGGUGGAUAGAUUGGUAACGGUAGCUGAGGAAGAUAAUGAGAAAUUCUUGUUAAAACUCAGGAAUCGUAUCGAUAGAGUUGGAAUUCAUGUUCCGACCAUUGAAGUUCGGUUCGAACAUCUGAAUAUUGAAGCAGAAGCUUUGGUUGGUAGAAGAGCUUCGCCUACGUUCUUCAAUUACAUUACUAAUAUGGUGGAGGGUCUCCUGAAUUCUCUACACAUUGUAUCAAGCAAAAAGAAAAACAUUUAUAUCCUCAAAAAUGUUAGUGGACUCAUUAAGCCAUCAAGAAUGACAUUGCUUUUAGGUCCUCCAAGUUCAGGAAAAACAACACUAUUACUAGCUUUAGCUGGAAAACUUGAUCCUACUCUACAGAUUUCAGGGAGAGUGACUUACAAUGGGCAUACCAUGAAUGAAUUUGUACCCCAAAGAAGCUCUGCAUAUAUCAGUCAGUAUGAUCUUCAUAUUGGAGAAAUGACAGUCAGAGAAACCUUGGCUUUUGCUGCAAGAUGUGCAGGGGUUGGCACUCGAUAUGAUAUGUUGGCAGAGUUAUCAAGAAGAGAAAAGGCAAUGAAUGUUAAGCCUGAUCCUGAUCUUGACGUCUUCAUGAAAAUAUGGCACAAGGCGGUUGUGCUAGGCUAUUUUUACAACAAGCCAAUGAGUGUUUGCGAGAUUGGAAUAUUCAAUUAUUGUGCAGCAGCAAUAGAAGGUGAAGAGACCAGUGUGGAUACCGAUUAUAUUCUAAAGGUUCUAGGACUAGAACUCUGUGCUGAUACACUGGUAGGAAACGAUAUGCUACGAGGCAUUUCAGGAGGACAAAAGAAGCGCGUUACGACAGGUGAGAUGCUAGUUGGACCAACAAAAGCACUGUUUAUGGAUGAAAUAUCAACUGGCUUAGACAGUUCAACAACUUACCAAGUUGUGAACUCAAUCAAGCAAAAUGUCCACAUUCUCAAGGGAACUGCUCUCAUUUCUCUUCUCCAGCCAGCACCAGAGACUUAUGAUCUCUUUGAUGACAUUAUUCUUUUAUCGGAUGGUCGGAUUGUGUAUCAGGGACCUCGUGAACAAGUGCUUGAAUUUUUCGAGCACAUGGGUUUCAAGUGUCCCGAAAGAAAAGGCGUUGCUGAUUUCUUGCAGGAAGUGACUUCAAGGAAAGAUCAGCAACAAUAUUGGGCACGAAGAAAUGCGCCUUACAGAUUCGUGACAGCCAAGGAAUUGGCGGACGCAUUCCAGUCGUUCCACGUAGGAAGGAAAGUUGGAGAUGAGCUUGCAAUUCCAUUUGACAUGGCUAAUAGUCAUAGAGCUGCUUUAACAACAAAAAUAUAUGGUAUCAGUAAGAAGGAACUCUUCAAAGCUUGCUUCUCCAGAGAAUUUCUACUUAUGAAAAGAAAUUCAUUUUUCUACAUUUUCAAGUUCUCCCAGCUGAUAAUAGUGGCAUUAAUUUCAAUGUCACUGUUCUUAAGAACUGAGAUGCACAGAGAUUCUGUGGCAGAUGGAAUAAUUUACCUGGGUGCAUUGUCCUACAUUGUCACUAUGAUCAUAUUCAAUGGCUCAGCUGAGAUUUCCAUGACUCUUGCAAAAAUUCCUGUCUUUUACAAGCAAAGAGACAUGCUAUUCUAUCCUGCAUGGGCUUAUGCUCUUCCUGCAUGGAUCCUCAAAAUCCCUGUUACAUUCAUAGAAGUUGUUAUCCUCGUUUUCACUACCUACUAUGUUAUCGGAUUCGAUCCCAAUAUCGGAAGGUUUUUGAAGCAAUACCUGGUGCUAGUAUUUGCUAACCAGAUGGCUUCCGGGUUAUUCCGAGCCAUUGCUGCUGUUAGUAGAAAUAUGCUUAUUGCAAGCACUUUUGGUUCAUUUGUACAGCUGAUUGUUUUCACCUUAAGUGGUUUUGUCCUGUCAAGAGACAAAAUUAAGAAAUGGUGGACAUGGGCUUAUUGGACAUCGCCCAUGAUGUAUGGGCAGAAUGCAGUUGUAAUCAAUGAGUUCCUUGGAAAGAGUUGGAGUAAGGUUCUUCCAAAUUCGACGGAGCCACUCGGAGUAGAAGUUCUGAAGUCUCGUGGGAUUUUCACAGAAGCAUACUGGUACUGGGUUGGAGUUGGUGCAUUGGUUGGAUUCACACUUCUAUUCAACUUCUUAUAUGGUCUAUGUCUCACUUUCUUGAACCCAAUUGACAAGCCUCGACCAGUUGUAUCAGAAGACCCACCGCAGGAUGAUGAACGAGGGAGUGAUGAACAACUUAAAAGAAGUGAGUCCUCCAGGUCCAUGACUAACAAGAAAACAGGAAUGGUUCUUCCCUUCGAACCGCAUUCUGUAGUUUUCAGAGAAAUUACAUACUCUGUUGACAUGCCUCAGGAAAUGAAAAAUCAUGGUGUUCAUGAAGAUAAGCUGGUGCUAUUAAAGGGUGUUUGUGGUGCUUUUAGGCCUGGUGUACUCACUGCUCUUAUGGGUGUUAGUGGUGCUGGUAAAACCACUCUGAUGGAUGUUCUAGCCGGCAGAAAAACCGGCGGAUACAUUGAAGGGAACAUCAUGGUUUCAGGUUAUCAAAAGAAGCAAGAAACAUUUGCUAGAAUUUCUGGAUACUGUGAGCAAAAUGACAUUCACUCGCCCCACGUCACAGUUUACGAGUCGCUAGUCUUCUCAGCUAAGCUUCGUCUUCCGCCUGAAGUUAAUGCGGAUACCAGAAAGAUGUUCAUUGAGGAAGUUAUAGAGCUUCUGGAACUUAAUCCAUUGAGGCACGAAUUCGUCGGAUUGCCUGGCGUAAAUGGCCUAUCAACUGAGCAACGCAAGCGACUAACUAUUGCUGUCGAGUUAGUAGCGAACCCGUCAAUAAUUUUUAUGGAUGAGCCCACAUCAGGACUAGAUGCAAGAGCUGCUGCUAUUGUCAUGAGAACAGUUAGGAACACAGUCGAUACAGGACGGACAGUUGUCUGCACAAUUCAUCAGCCUAGCAUUGACAUCUUUGAAUCCUUCGACGAGCUGCUCCUGUUGAAGAGAGGAGGAGAAGAAAUAUACGUAGGACCACUCGGUCGACAUUCUUGCCAGCUGAUAGAGUACUUUGAGGGAGUUGAAGGAGUGAGUAAGAUCAAUGAUGGAUACAAUCCAGCGACUUGGAUGUUGGAAGUUACCACUCCCGGACAAGAAUUAGCUUUAGGUGUUGAUUUUGCUGAUAUAUACAAGAAUUCAGAACUUGACAGGAGAAACAAAGUACUAAUUGAGGAAUUAAGCAAGCCAGUUCCUGGUUCAAGCGACCUGUAUUUCCCUACUAAAUACUCUCAGCCAUUUCUCAAUCAAUGCUUGGCAUGCUUAUGGAAACAAAAUCGGUCUUACUGGUGCAACCCGCGAUAUACUGCUGUUAAACUCAUUUUUACAAUCUUUACAGGCUUGAUUCUUGGAACAAUGUUCUGGGAUCUCGGCAUGAAAACGACAAACAGACAGGAUCUCUUUAAUGCUAUGGGUUCAAUGUUCGUCGCUGUCAUGUUCCUUGGAUCGCAGAACGGAUCGAAUGUGCAGCCUGUUGUAGCUGUCGAACGGACAGUGUUUUAUCGAGAAAGAGCUGCAGGAAUGUACUCGGCCAUGGCAUAUGCAUUUGCACAAGCUGGCAUUGAGAUUCCAUAUGUUUUUGUUCAAGCUAUAUUUUAUGGUGUGAUAGCAUAUGCAAUGAUGGGCUUUGAAUGGUCAGCAAAUAAAUUCUUUUGGUACAUGUUCUUCACAUACUUCACAUUCCUGUUCUUCACCUUCUACGGAAUGAUGGUUAUGGCGUUAUCACCGAACCAGCACGUUGCUGCCAUCAUUUCAGCUGCAAUCUACGGAAUGUGGAAUCUUUUCUCAGGGUUCAUAAUCCCUCAGCCUAGGAUGCCUGUGUGGUGGAGAUGGUUCUAUUGGAUAUGUCCAGUAGCUUGGAGCUUAAAUGGAUUGGUUACAUCACAGUAUGGAGAUUUAAAGACAAAACUUGAUACAGGAGAAACUGUGGAGUCUUUUGUCAGAAAUUAUUUCGGAUUCAAGCAUGAACUUCUCGGAGCAGUUGCGGUUAUUGUUCUUGGUUUUGUACUUCUUUAUGCAUUUAUUUUUGCUGUUUCCAUUAAGAUAUUUAAUUUCCAGAAGAGAUAGAUUGACAUUCUUAUUGAUUUUGAGAGUAAGUAC